UCACGUGAACUAGUCACAUGAUUCCUGUAUUCCAAUCUUCGAUUUGAAUGAUAAGACUUUCCGCGUCUUUUUGGCUGAUUUUGACUAUUUUGAGAGCUUUUGACGUUUGUUUUGAGCUUUAUUUCAUUCGUGUUAUUUUAAUAUUGUUUCAUGUUUCAUUAAAAUAGAGACAUUUCUUUCGCGGAGAAAAGACUUUAAUGUUGCUUCCUGUUUCCUGAAACGAUGAUCUCGGCGGAAACAAUUUUGAAAGGGCAGCAUGAGGAGGACUGUCUUCCCAAACUAUGCAGACUAUGUGGAAAAUUGAAAACUCCGGUGAUAUCAAUAUUCAACAAAGCGUCUCGCUUAUUCGGUUACCACGACAUCAUUAAUUUUCAUUUUAAAAAUAUUCAGGUUUCUAAACAUGAUACUUUACCGUUGAUCCUAUGCGACGAUUGUUCUAAAUUCAUCGCAUCGUGGCAUCUUUUCCAUAAUGAAUGUAUCAAAGUUAACGCAGCUUUAUUAUCUGUUGCCGAUAAAUUUCAAAACAAGUUGAUCAAAUCAGAGCUUGACCAACCUGGUACUAGAAGUGAAAUCGAAGUGAUCGAAGUAGAUGUUGUAAGUGACCAUGAUCUCGACCAAUGCGAUGUUUCGAGUAGCGUUGACGUAUCCAGCAAUAAUGUAUCAGAUACUAGAAAUGAAACUCAGUGUGCUCCCGGACGCUACGUAUUUGUCGAUGCGAACGCGACUACGAUUAAAGCCCCCGCCGAGAGUUGUAAUACCAAAGUUCUUUCGUCUUCACCUGCUGUAUCAUCUAACGAAGGACCGAAAAACGUCUCAAAAUGCAGUAAAUGCGGCUCGGUAUUUCUAAAGAGUAAAAUAGAAAGCGCCCAAAAUCGCGGUAUGUGUUAUUCGUGCUAUUUGAAAAUAACGAAUUCUCUCAAACCGUACAUACCGCGAGUACUGCUAAACUACUUGGUUACCGAUGAGAACAAACGGAAGCACUUUCUAUGCGAUUUAUGCGAAUUCUCCUGUGACGCUCACCCCGAUGUGUUCGCCCAACAUUACAAAACCGAACAUCCGCAGGCUAAUUUAUUCAUGACCUUUGCCAACCAAAAAAACGAUCCGUUGAAGAAAUUUGUCAACGAGAAAAAUGGCGUUCGUUGUUAUCGAUGUGAUAUUUGCCCAUUGUCGUGUAUUUCGCGUAACGUUUUCGUCAAACAUUACGCCGAACACGGUAACCGUACUGUAAUGGAGACUGUCGCCUCUGCCUUGAGGAUUGAAUUCAAAGGUGGUAAAUACUGUUGCGCCGUUUGUCAAAAAACUUUUAUUAAAUUGAAUUACGCUAAAAAGCACUAUCUACGAGCCCAUUCCGAAAAAAAAUACAAGUGUAACGUUUGCCAGAGGGCGUUCGACUCGGAGUGCAAAGCCCGUAAACACGAAGAAUACCAUCAGAAAAUCAAAUCCUUCGUGUGCGAUAAUUGCGGACGCGGGUUUUCCAUUAAAGUCAACUUGGAUAAUCACGUAAUGAAAAAUUUAUGCUCGAAAUACACGUGCGUCUCGUGCUGUCAAACUUUUGCAGCUAAAUCUGCUCUUAGAUCGCAUCUCACUCGUUGUGAUAAACAAGUAAAUUCCGCGAUAAACCGAUCGAAAGUCGAAAACGUCCUCAAGUUCGAAUGCGGCAAAUGCAAGAAAAAAUUCAAAUCUAAGUGGCUUCUCAGAAUCCACAUCAUCGACGAGUUUAAUCUUAAGCCUUACCAAUGUUUCAUUUGUAACGAACGAUUUACAACCACAGUACUGCUUAGAAAACAUAAGCCAUUGUGUAACAAAUCGAUUGUCAGUGAAAAUCAGUCCGAUAAGUUGUCGUCGAUUGCUAGCGCUAAUAAUGAUUCGCACAGUUGUAAGCUAUGCGGACGCACGUUUCGGAAAAUUGGUUACUUAAGGCAACAUUAUCGAUUCCAUUUAAUUACCAAAUCUUACGUGUGUCAGUUCUGCGGUAAAUCUUACGCCCAGAAGGCGUCCUUCAGGGCGCAUAUGUUGACGGAGAUGAAUCUACGCAAAUAGGUGCGAUUGUUCGGUUUGCUGGAAAAAGUAUAAUUCCAGUUCUCAUUUAACCGCCCAUACGAAAAAGCACCAUCGUGUGAGAGAGUUCAAGUGUAACACGUGCGAUAAACAGUUCGCUUACGAAAGAGAUCUCAAAGAUCACGAGAAAACUCACGAUGAAAACAAGGCGUUCUUUUGCGAUAAAUGUGGCGGUUUAUUUAAAACUGAAAGGUGUUUAAAGGUGCAUUGGGAACGGUGCAGUGUUUCCAAAAAAUAAUAUAAUAUUCGUUCGACAUUUUUUACUAAUAAUUCUUUAUCGUUUCGUUGACUUUUUUUUUCGUCGAGAAAGCGUUUAGGCUAUUUGUUUAUUAGUUGAUAGGUAAUAGGUAUUCACAAAGAUAGAAUAAUUUGUAUCGAAUGUAAACGAUUGUCUUUAUUGGUUUCUAUAAGUACCAUUACUGACUUGAGUGACUUGGAUAUUUAGAUUGGGUUUUUAUUUAGUCGAUUACGUUUAUACGUAUUGUAUGUACCAAAUUUUGUUCUUGAUGUUAUUAUUUUUAUACUAUUUCAUACGUGUUUCAAAUAAGUUAAACGUGAAAAAAUCCUAUGUUAUUGUGAUACAUAUAAAAUACGCGUACUUACCUAAUUUUUAAAAUUGUUGGUCGUUUUUUCUCAUUAUCUGUAACAUAUUUUUUAGUUUUAUUAUUUUUGUUCUUCUCAUGAAAAAAAAAUAUCGUACCUAUCAA